AUGUCUCAAGGAAGAAAAGCAGCCGAAAGAUUAGCUGGUAAAACUGUGUUCAUCACAGGUGCAUCUGCUGGUAUUGGUCAAGCUACAGCAUUAGAAUAUUUAGAUGCUUCUAACGGUGAUCUUAAAUUAAUUCUAUGUGCUAGAAGACUAGAAAAAUUACAAGAAUUAAAGACAAAAGCAGAAAAAGAAUAUCCAAAUGCUAAGAUAUAUAUCAAUAAAUUAGAUGUAACCGAUACCGAUGCAAUCAAGCCAUUCUUAGAAAAGUUACCUGAAGAAUUUAAGGAUAUUGAUAUUUUAAUCAACAAUGCUGGCAAAGCUUUAGGUUCUGAUAAAGUCGGUGAUAUUGCCAUUGACGAUAUCAAAGGUAUGAUGGAUACUAAUGUUGUUGGUUUAAUUAACAUUACACAAGCUAUUCUUCCAAUAUUCAAGAAGAAAAAUUCUGGGGAUAUUGUCAAUUUAGGUUCUGUUGCUGGUAGAGAAGCAUACCCAACAGGAUCUAUCUAUUGUGCCACUAAAUUUGCAGUACGUGCCUUCACUGAAAGUUUAAGAAAAGAAUUAAUUGAUACAAACAUUAGAGUUAUCUUAAUUGCACCAGGUAUUGUGGAGACAGAAUUUUCUUUGGUCAGAUACAAAGGUGAUAGUGACCGUGCCUCUAGUGUUUACACUGGUGCGCACCCAUUAUUUGCAGAUGAUGUUGCAGAUUUAAUUGUAUAUACUACAUCAAGAAAACCAAACACAGUUGUUGCAGAUGUCUUAAUCUUCCCAACUACUCAAGCUUCUCCAUAUCACAUACACCGUGAUGCUUAA